UGAAAGCAGACGACAAUUUGAUUGUGAUAGUUUUCAGCGAGGGGAAUUAAUAACUGGUGUCAGAGUGUUGAAAUCAUGGCCAAACAGAGCCACGAGGGUGAUUUGGUGUUUGGACUAUGAUUAUCAGCAGACGACAAAUUGUUUGCCAUGCAGGAUGCCGAACAGCUGCCUUGAUCGUAAGAAACGCCAGGAGAAAUACUGGAGUGUUUUUUCGUUCGCGAUCUCCUAAAAUACUCCUUCUGGGGAUAGAUGGCUUUGGGCGGAAAAAACAAGUUUGAAUAUGAUCGACUCAAGUCUUGUUCUUGAAACGAAUAGACGACAGCUUUUGACAAGUCUCCAAAACCGGGAUUCUAAAGCAUUACAUUGUUUGGCCAUCAGUGUAGACACUUGGAACACGAACAUGGAACAGUGCGGGACGUUCCCAUUGUGACUCCUGUACUUGGCGUACUCUGUGCACGAGGUCCUGGGCAGACGACAGUGCGAUCUAUAAAGAAGUCUGCUCCACGAGAAUACACCGUACCUGCUGCGUGUGUCAGAUCUGAUAAAAAUGCAUUUCUAAUGCAUAAGAGUUUCAACAGUUUCAAUCAGAUUUGACGGAACGGAAAUUGAAUUUCUCGAAACCCAGAAACAUAACUGCCACACUUUUAUUGCUGUUGUAAGUACUUCUAUUCCAUCAUUCCAUAUAUACAACUUGUGUUUAUUGCACGGAACAACAGCUCUCAUCACUCGUGUUACCUUGUUCGUGAUAAAUGAGAAUCAGCCACAUCUCCUCGCGUGUGUUUUAAUGACAAAUCAUUGGAAUAUCUCCCUGAAGUAGUUCUUCCAAAUUGGGCGAUUAUUGUCUGGAAUGACGAUGGUCUGAGACACUGGACUUGUCAAUACAGAUACACUUGUUUCAACAAUCACUACGGCAGGUUCCAUUGUGUGUAUGUUCAUGACUUGCCCAAGAGGCUCGGAAACAACGGGAGAACGGAUCUUGUUACAGUUUCACACACUUUCAGAUAUUGGUGUGUAGCGCUUUGUACCGCCUGUGUGAUUAAGCGAUAAAUUCCGGGCUUUGAUGACAAAACCUUUUUAACCAAGCACGUAAAAACAGUAUGAAACAUGGCAAUGAACGUUGAAUGAGUAUUGUUCCUAACAAACCAAGAGACGCCAUCUUGAUCCAAGUGUUCCAGGAUAUUUAGGAAGGCGUUUCUGAAAACUGAAUACCUACAAUGAUACGAGGGUGUUCCUGGUGACACACCGUGUCCAUUUUGUGUUCAACGUCGUGACAACUGUGAAGCAUACUCUUGGUGACGCCAAGGUGGCGUCGGUUUGCUGACGUUGAAGUUGAUGGAGACGAAAUUAGAGAUCCGACUCUUUAUGACAGAAUAUCAACGCCUGUCGCACUUCCCUUCACUUCACUUCUAGUCCAUUCAAGGAGAAGUUGUCAUGGAUGGUAAUAAAAGCAGAAAACAUUUCCAUCCGAUGACGUCAGAGCGUUGUCUCCCUUUGGAUGGGAGUACGGUUGAAGGUUGGUCGACGUCACGCGACCUUGACGGAAUCAUUACCAAGCACAGUGAUAUGUCGUCUGCUUACUUGCAAAGACUGGAAAAAAACCGGCAUCGCCAUGAAGAGGUUCAGUACAAACGUAUGCAGAACAUUCCAUACGGAAUCAGAGAAAUGAUCAGACCUCCUUCUGACACAAACCAGGGCGUUACGAUCCGGAGAUGGGUGGCUCUUCCAAGAACCUCCCCACGCCAGACAAAGAAGACCCAUAUCCUUCAGUGUGACCCUAAAGGAGCUCACCAAGAAGCCACACCAAGACGUGGGCAGGCAUCACAUCGUGAAUCUACUGUGUCCACGCCUCGUAAUGGUACUCGCCAUUCCGUGCCGAAUACUGCUAGAAAUACCAUGGACGCUGAUGACGUAUUUGGUGUCACCAACGUCCCCUUUAAAUGUCCUUCUUUGUCCAGUUCCAGAAAGAAAAGCUGUUGUAUUCCUUCCCGACAAGACUCUCAAAUCGCUCUUAGGAAAGCAAUGAGGUCGCAGAUUGAGCAACAAAGGAAUUCUGCUCUAACAAACCAUGUCCAGUUCGUGACUUCCAAUAAAUUAAACGGAACCCGUUUGACCCCACCAAGAGGCCACUUUAGGCCAGAAAGGGCGAAUGAAAUACAUUCGUUUCCUAGGGCGAUGACAGAUGGAAAUUUCGAAUUAUUGGCGAUUUUAUCUGUGCAAGAACAUAACAUUCCCAUGUCCGUGGACGAAGAUUUGUCCAUGAAUGAUACUUAUGACUGAAGUAAAUCGGUCAAGUCACAGAAAGGAACUAUUUUAUGCAGUUAAAUGUAUAUACACCCCGUUUGAAAACUCUUUACAUAUCGAAUUAAGUCGAACAACAAUAUACUGAGACAUUACGCCAGGAUAAUGUCACCAUGAACGUUGAUAACAGGAUGAUAUCGAUAUAUAAAUGAUAUAUCAUCGUUCUAUGACGAAAAGACAAUCAAAAGCUUACUUAUAUACAUAGGGACUAUACAUUUUAUUACCACUUUAUCAAGUCUCUGUAACAAUUUUAAUAUAAUACAAAUUUAAUUAUACGAAUUUAAAUUUGUGCAUGUUGUAAUAUUCUAUAGCAUUACGAUUUGUAUUAACAAUGCCAAUGUUAACAAUUCAACUAUUCUCCCAACUUUUAUUUGUAAUAAUCUGAAGGUAUAAUAAUGACAAUAAUGUCUUAAUUUAAAAUAUAUUACUGAUCCUAAACUGAAGUAGCCCCAACACUUUAGAUUCAAUGAUGGAGCCUUUGAACAUAUUAACUUUUUAACAUAUUAACAUAUCACUAUCGACUUGAUUUAAGUUGACUGUAGAGGUUUUGUUCCUUCGUUCUUAAAUCAAUGGAAAUAAUAGCAACAAAGUGUUUUUUAUCAACACUUGGAACCUGUACAAUCUCAUUUGAACAUGCUUUAUUUGAACUUUCCUGCUUUUGAUUUCAUGGAUGCUAGAUAAUCAGUUGAAGUUAAGUUUGUGAAGAUCCUUCCCCUUGCUAACAGUAGCCAUAUGGUUCAUUGUGGGGACAGGCUUGGCACGGAUGGUUGGAUUGGUUGGUUGGUUUGUUGUUUUACGCCGCACUCAGCAAUAUUCCAGCUAUAUGACGGCGGUCUGUAAAUAAUCGAGUCUGGACCAGACAAUCCAGUGAUGGAUAUCAUGAGCAUCGAU